AUAUAUUUUAUUUUUAAUUAUUACAGAAGUAACUUGGGAGUCGUGUGGUUAUAUACAUUCAUAUCAAUCACUGAAAUCAAAAGAGAACUUUUAAAAAAUACGUUGCAAGUUGCAUUAAUUAAGCUGUUUAUGUAAGACAUAAUUGAAUACAUUUGAAGCACUAAGCUAUCCAAUACAGUGUUAAAUACCUACAGUAUUGUACGUUCAGUAUGGAUGUAAGCGAGGGUGCCGGUAUGUGGGAUGGACUGGGGAGCAGAGACAUAAGGUCCAGAGAAAUGUCAAUGGAAAACAUAAGUCAAGAAGUGCUGCGCAGAGCUGAAAAGAUAGGUCCAAUUAGUAAAGACGUCCUUCAGCCACUUCGAUCGUCUGUCCGCUCUCCCGAUGACUUGAACUGGAUGCUUGCCCGGCUGCUGAUGUUGUCUCGGAGGUGUCCUUAUGCCGACGUCAGAGAUAAGUGCUUAUCCGUGCUGCAAAACGUGCAGGACAUUGGAGUUCAAAUUCCAAGGACUCUGGGACAUGGACCAAGCAGAUUUAUCCCUGAAAAAGAGAUACUUCAAGUAAGUAAAGUAAAUGAUAAGACACAGGCGAUUUUUGAAGACACUUUUGCUGCCUUGGGUCGCCUUGACAACAUUUCUCUAGUAAUGGGAUUCCACCCUCAGUACCUGGAGAGCUUUCUUAGGACACAGCACUACCUGCUGCAGAUGGAUGGCCCCCUUUCACUCCAUUGCCGGCACUACAUUGGGAUCAUGGCUGCAGCCAGGCAUCAGUGUUCCUAUCUGGUGAACUUGCACGUGAAUGAUUUCCUUCAAGUGGGAGGGGACUCCAAGUGGCUGAAUGGUUUGGAAGGAGCCCCACAGAAGCUGCAGCAUUUGGGGGAGCUGAAUAAAAUACUCGCACACCGACCAUGGCUUGUCACAAAAGCUCACAUCAAGCAACUGUUGAAGGCUGAAGAGCACAGCUGGUCCCUAGCCGAGCUCAUUCAUGCAGUGGUCCUUCUCACACACUACCACUCGCUGGCCUCCUUCACAUUCGGUUGUGGAAUCAGUCCUGAAAUUCACUGUGAUGGAGGGCACAUUUUCCAACCCCCUUCCGUCAGCAACUACUGCGCCUGCGACAUCGCCAAUGGAAACGGCACGCCGGAUGAGAUUCAAGGCAAACAUGCGUUGACUGAUGCCCCUUGUGAGGUGGAGGCACUAAUGGAGAAGAUGAAGCUGCUGCAGGAAUGCAGAGACGAGGAAGAGGCGAGUCAAGAGGAGAUGGCAACCCGCUUUGAGAGGGAGAAAACUGAAAGCAUGCUGGUAGCAGCUGCAGAGGAAGAAGAUUCAGUGCCAACCAGGGAUGUCUCCCGUCACUUCGAAGACACGAGUUACGGAUAUAAAGACUUCUCAAGACGUGGGGAGCAUGUGCCUACCUUUCGCGCUCAGGACUACAGCUGGGAGGACCACGGCUACUCCUUGGUGAAUCGUCUUUACCCCGAUGUGGGUCAGCUGCUUGAUGAGAAGUUCCAGAUCACUUACAACUUAACAUACAACACCAUGGCGAUGCACCAGGAUGUGGACACCUCCAUGCUGAGGAGGGCAAUCUGGAACUACAUCCACUGCAUGUUUGGAAUAAGAUACGACGACUAUGAUUAUGGGGAAAUCAAUCAGCUGUUGGAUCGCAGCUUUAAAGUUUACAUCAAGACCGUGGUCUGCAGCCCCGAGAAGAUCACCAAAAGAAUGUAUGACAGCUUCUGGAGGGAAUUUAAACAUUCUGAGAAGGUACAUGUAAAUUUGCUUCUUAUGGAAGCUCGUAUGCAAGCAGAGCUGCUCUAUGCUUUAAGAGCAAUUACUGGUUAUAUGACAUGAAGUGCUAUUUUGGGACGCGUCGAGGGAGCCUGAAUGGGACGUACUGUAGAUCUUCAUUGUGGGUGCUGAGUCAUCUGAACCGGGAGUUGGUUAGCUGGCUAUGAGUUCCAUUGUGCCAUAAUGUGCUGUGGUUGCAUCAAGGCUAAUACUCAGAGGUUGGCUUCAGCAGAAUAUACAGAUAGAAGACUGUGAAGAAGCAGCAAACUUCAGUAUUCAAUUUCAUCUGUACUUGACAUCAUCAUCGAAUGCAACAUGUGCAACUUUUAAAUCUUUGUAGCAGUGCAUCAAGCUGCAUUGAGUGUUUAGUAUUGUGUUGUGUUUAACGUUGAUAUUGAAACAGGAGUUAAAUGCAUUAAAGAAAUAGGGCUUUGAAACAUGUGCCUAAUGUGUAAUGUGCUGUUCCAGUACUCUUUCCAGCCAGUGGAAUCAGUUGACCACUGGCUGUCCAUGUAAGCUAAAACAAAUGAAAGUAAAAAAAAAAAACACUGCAACUGAGCCUGUGGUUUACUGUAAGAAACAGCUGGUGUUGUUAAUUACUGUAUUGCUGAGUUUUUUUAUUAUUUAUUUAUUUUGCUAUACACUUUGGAAUUUGAAACUUCUCCAUUUGCAGCAGUUUGAAGGUUGUCAGUUUUUUCUCUUGUUUUUUCUGUAGUAUACAAAAUGUUAUUUGAAGAAGCUUUGUUGUAAAUGCACCUUCACCUUAUAGUAACUCAAUAAAUAUCUGUCUUCCUAAGAGAAGUGGAUUUGUUACAUUUUAGGGGUUUUCUUCCCUAUGUCUUCCGUAGAUGUUCAUCUAACAUUUUAACAUAGUUAUGCCUUCAAAUUUGAAUACAUCCUUAUAUGCUCUAUGUGGGCAAAAUUAUUGUUUUGCACUUAUCCUCCCUUUGAUGCUACUGCAUUUUUGUUCUUGGCAGCUGAGCUUCAGGGAGAAUGGUAUUAUAUUGACAGUGCUUCUGCAAUCUUUUGAGAUGUCAGUUCUCACCAUGGUUAUGUGAGCUUACCCAUCAACAGUUUUCAUGACAAAGCUGGUAUAUCAUGUUUUGUGUACUAAAAAAUAACCAGUACUGUACUUGAUUUUGAAGAACAUGAACAUCAAUGUGUAAACGCAUGUUUUUUGUAGGGGUUUAAAACAAAAAUGAUUUAAAUGCAUCAAAAUGCUUGUAUUAAACCUAUAAGGAGCUUAAAUGUUUCCAGACAUUUCAGUAUUGCAUUUUAAAUAAAGCAGUCCAAGAAAAAG